AUGACACCAGCACUAUUGGAUGACGGCCAGCCUGCCUGGAAUAGGUUGAUUCGAUUCGAAGAUAUCAACGGCAAAGAGAGAUACGGUGAACCUAUAGACGAUGACCUAGAUGUUGGAAUCGCUUUACACCAUGGCGAAGAUGUAUAUGCCAGGAUUGUUCGAACCGAGUCCGCCCUGGACCUAUCAGCCGUCCUCUCGGCAGACAUCACUCAAGUCAAAAAGCUGUUGGCACCACUUAAACCAGAAGAAGCGGGUACGAUACGAUGCAUUGGACUCAACUACCGAGAGCACGCUGCAGAAAUGAAGUUGUCAAUUCCUGAAACCCCUACAAUGUUUCUAAAGGCAACGGAAACCAUCAACCACCCUUCUGGCCAUAUCAUUGCUCCCCAUUGCGCAGACCUACACGACUGCCACCUAGACUAUGAGGUGGAACUCGCAGUCGUUAUCGGCAAGACCUGCAAAGACGUCUCUGAGGACCAGGCCAUGGAGUACGUUUUGGGUUACAUGACCGCCAACGAUGUUACUGCACGGACUCACCAGAACGAAGUCUCACAGUGGGAUCGCGGCAAGGGUUUCGAUGGGUUUGCUCCAAUCGGACCGGCGCUAGUCUCCUCCAAGAUAAUACCUGACCCAUCAGUUCUGAAGCUACAGACUAUCCUCAACGGCCAAGUAAUGCAGCAGGGCGAGGCUAGUGAUAUGAUCUUCACCGUACCCAAAAUUGUCUCGUUUCUCUCCCAGGGUUGCACGCUGCAAAAGGGGACCAUCAUCUUGACUGGAACCCCUUGUGGAAUUGGUGUCAGCCGGAAUCCACCUGUUCGGCUCGUUGAGGGAGAUGAGCUAUUCGUGACCAUCAGCCAUGGUCUUGGGUCGCUGACCAAUCCAAUUGCAUUCAAGCCAUCUGCGCAUUUGAAGUCUACGCAUGCACAGCUCAUUGAGGCGAAGAUGUAA